GUCGGACGGUUACGAUCGCCUCUCUCCGCUGCUCUCCUCUGAUUUUUUUUUGGGGUUACAUACUCGUUUCCCUCUCUUCUCUCCCCGCUUUCCUUUUAAACGCGCAACUGGCGGCGCCUCUGAGGUGCCCACGAGUUGUUAGAAAAAAGAAAGGGACUUCUUCGAGAGAAGAGCGAGCCAUUCGAUCGACAGAGAGAGGGAGGUAUUUCACAUCGCUUCGUUUUUGCUGCCUCUCUCUCUCUCUAGUUCUUAGUUCUCUACAUCCACAUAUGUUAUUCUUCUUCUCUUAACGCGUGUAAUACAGCCAUUACAGGUUUUUUCUUUCUUCGCCUUUCUUCGUCCGUCGGUGCUCUUCUCUGUGUUUUAUCGGCAGGCCGGAGUCCGUGGCAGAGUCGGCGUCGCGACCUCAUGUACCCGCCCCUCUUCCCUCCAUGAUCCCAAUCGGCUACCAUCCUUCAGACAAAGGUUGAACUCUUCUUUCUUUCCGUAUACUUCCGUUACACACCUGCGGCCAUUACGGUGUCGCUCUUCUUUUCUUUCUCCCUUUUUUUUUUUUUACCUCUUUCGCGUUCUCACAUGCGUUUGCCUUCAUCCCCGCGUAGUUCACGAGAAGACGGCGAUGCGUCCGUCGAUGCCGCCGCCGCCGCCGCCUCGCCGCCGCCGCCGCCAUCGCGCGAUCCACCGUUGUUUUUCGCAGAGGCACAAAUCUCACGAGGUCAACCGGCGAGCGGAUCAGUGCAACAGCGCCGUCGCGACGACGCUGGCGGUGCGCAUCCCUCUUCCUCUUGCUCUUCAUCGCCAUCCCCUUUGCAGGUGUUCGUGCCAUCACCGUUGCCGCCGUCACCACCGGCACGGUCUGCCUCGCCAGCGCCCCCCCGGACCCAACACCUCUGCAUCUUAGCAGCCGGCGUGCUGGUCUUCCACGUCCUCACCUCCGUGCUGCAGGAGUGUAUUUUCCACCUGCCGGGCUUCUCGAACGUGCUGCUCAUGUCUUUCGGGGAGACCGCGUGCACGACGGCGCUGAUGGCCACCCAUCUGACUUGGGUCUGGUGGCGAGGAGGAGGAGGAGGAGAGAGGCGAGACGACUCCGCGGUCGACCACCAUCAGCACGACACAGCAGGGGCGAUGACGCGUCACGCGCGACGACGAGGGGUGUGGCGGGCACUAUCCGCGUACGCCGUGUACUGGCGCCGCAUCACAGGCGCUCUUCGCCGCAUAUUCCACCCCUCCACGGUAGAGCUGCAUUGGUAUGUGCGGAUCGCGUUGCUCCUGUCCUGCAGUCUCUACCUGACAAAUCAAACGUCCAUCCUGCUGAGUUACCCGCUGCAGGUUGUAUUUAAAUCGAGUAAGCUGCUGUGCAUGGUGGUGGUGCGCCGGUGGUGGAUGCGGGGGGACACGGAUGGUGGGAAGCGUGUAUCGGAGUGCGACACAGACCCUGACAGCGUCGAGCAGCGAGCGGGGCAUCGCCAACCCCGAGACGGUACGAGCAGGAGAGAAAGAGGAGGUGGCCUCGCCGUGCGAGGGUGGGUGGAUUCACGUGCAAACACGGCGGUGGACGAGCGCCUUCGCCGUUGUCUGCCGCGGCGCCAGACCGCAAAGCGAGACGACGAGCCUGCGCCACGCGGCGAGUGCCCCUCUCACCACCACGCCGGCGUCGCUGAUCUGCAUGGCGCGCAAGAGGACGCCUCGAUCCCUUCCGCAAUGAAGACUGCAGCCAUCGCCCCCACCACGCCGUCCGUAGCCGCCGCUUCUCUGCGAGAUGCUGCGGUGCGGUGCCCUUCAAAAGAGUGGCCAGGGAGUGAGGGGAGCACGGCGGCACCCUCUCCUCUUUCUAUUCCAGUGACAGGGAGUGGGAGCGGCGGUGUAGUCCCUCUUGCGGAACAGCAGCCCCGUGAUCAUCGCCGGGGCUCAAUGUACCACGUCAGCCAACGACAAAACGAUGAGGACGGCGGCGGCAACCGUGACAUUGAAGACGGCGCCGACGGGCGAGGGAUGACGGCAAGAAACAGUCGACACUCACUCCUACAAAGCUGGCUCGCGAACGCCGCUGUUACACGAUGCAGCCUUUUGCUUGCUUUGUGGAUGAGAAGGACGCUCGGAAUGCUAACGCGGCUGCUCCUGUGCUGUUGCGGCUGCUCCUCCUUCGCCCGUCGUGAGCGGCCACCUCCCCCGCAUCCUUUACGGCGUCUUCGAGCGCUGCUGCUCGGCACACGUCUCACCACUCCUUUUUCUCUAUCGCCAUCACGCACCGCCAGAACUGCACUGCGCGGUCUGCGUGGGUUAGCCAAAGACGGCGAGCUGCAGGCGUGCACGGUCAUUGUGGUGGGAUUGAUCAUCUUCACCUACGCCUCGAAGCUCGACGGCGGUGCGGCGGUGUCCGCCGUGGCGCAGAACGAGGAUGAUCUGAAUGGCGGGGGCGGCGGCGCGAUGCUGCUUCUGCUGCGGCGGAGCGCUGUGCCGGCAGAGCUGAUUAACUCGACAGAUAACGCGGCGGACGCGCCCCGCACCGGAGUAGGUCUUAAUGCAGUCCAGCACCCCACGACGGUGCUUCCCGAGCAGCCAUCACCACCACCAUCACCCUCACCGCUGUCGUCGCAGCCGCAAAGCGUAAACUCAACCCUCGCCAGCUUCGCUGUGUCAGCCGAACCGCAUUCCAGCGCGUGGCGUACGAUGACAGACUUGUACACGGUGUGGAUCGUGUCGUCUAUAGGCGUCGCCGGCGUGUUACUGUCAAACCUGAUGGACGUGGUGAUUUACGUGCUGGAGGAGGUGUACUGCUUCCAGACCGCGGGUAGCACCGCGUGGACCUCUCCGCCGUCUGUUCCGACUCUGCCGUCGUCGAUGGAGGUCUCGACGGACACGGCACUGCGAGGACGGCAGCACCCGCGUCAGCAGCACCACCACAACUACGCUACUUCUUCUUCUUGUGCCGCUCCUCCUCCUCCGCCUGCCUCGUCACACCAAACAGACGCCGCCGUCGAGGUGAACGCGGAAUCGACGGCGCCCCACUCCGCUCAAGCAGCGGCAGCAGCAGCCUCUCAGCGAGUACCCGCCACUUCGCAAGAGGUGCUAUUUAUGUUGAACGGCCUUGCCAGUAUUUUCUACUCCCUUGGCCUCGCCCUGCCAUGGCUAUCGGAGUACGCUGCUGGGGGGACGUGCUCUCUCGCGCCGUUGACGGCGCCGAACACCACGACGUUACCGUUCCUUAGCUUCACGAUGUUGAUCAUACUCGUGGCGGUGACCAGCCUCAUCGGCACCAUGUGCCUCCUCACCAUUGUCGCCGAGUACACGGGAGUGACAGCGGUGAUCGUCACGAGUGUGCGCAAGACGGCCACUGUUUUGCUGAGUUUUGUGCUGUACGGCCGGCGCUUCACCUCGGCACACGCGAUUGGGUUGGCGGGCGUGAUGGGGGGCGUCGUGUGGAAUGAACUGCUGCGACGGCAGCACGCCGCGGCGACGGCGUAG